AAAGAGACUUUACAGCCAUAUGAAAACAUAUCUAUAUGACACACUCUACAUGGCAUAUAUAUAUAUAUAUAUAUAUAGGUAGACCAUAUCACUAAGAACCCACCCACUUCACCAAACUGUUUUUUCCCCACACAAAAACCAAAAACCAAAACCAAGCCAUGAAACCUCUACUAUUCUCAGCAACCCCACUAGCCCUCCUGCUCAUCAUCACCACCAUUGUCCAAGGGCUAAACCUCAAUUGCCAAAACCAGGACAAAGGCUCAACCCUCCAGGUCCUCCACGUAUACAGUCCAUGCUCACCAUUCAGACCAUCCAAGCCAUUGUCAUGGGAAGAGUCUGUCCUCCAAAUGCAAGCCAAGGACCAAGCCAGGCUACAGUUCUUGUCCAGCCUUGUGGCGCGUAAGUCCGUCGUGCCGAUCGCCUCCGGGAGACAGAUUAUACAGAGCCCAACUUACAUUGUCAGGGCCAAAAUCGGCACGCCGGUCCAGACCUUGCUCUUGGCCCUUGAUACCAGCAAUGAUGCUGCUUGGAUACCUUGUGCCGGCUGUGUGGGUUGCUCUUCCGCUGCUUUUGCUCCUAUUAAGUCCACCUCUUUCAAGAGCUUGGGCUGCCAAGCUCCUCAGUGCAGACAGGUGCCCAAUCCCACUUGCACUGGUACCACCUGCAGUUUCAACUUAACGUACGGUGGCUCUUCCAUUGCAGCAGACUUAUCCCAAGACACAAUCACCCUUGCAAACGACGCCGUUCCAGCCUACACCUUCGGUUGCAUCAAAAAAGCCACAGGAAGUUCUUUACCUCCUCAGGGUCUUUUGGGCCUGGGCCGUGGCCCAUUAUCUCUUCUAUCUCAGACCCAAAACCUUUACCAAUCCACUUUCUCAUACUGCUUGCCUAGCUUCAAGUCCCUAAACUUCUCUGGUUCAUUGAGACUUGGACCAAUUGGUCAACCUAUAAGGAUCAAAUACACACCAUUGCUGAAAAACCCUAGAAGAUCUUCACUUUAUUAUGUUAAUCUUUUUGCUAUUAGGGUUGGAAGGAAGGUUGUGGAUAUUCCUCCUGCUGAUUUGGCAUUCAAUCCGACCACCGGUGCCGGGACUAUUUUCGAUUCCGGCACAGUGUUCACUAGGCUAGUUGCAUCAGCAUACACCGCUGUCCGUGAUGAAUUCCGAAAAAGAGUAAAGCCGAACGCAGCAAUAACCACACUGGGAGGGUUUGACACAUGCUACUCGGUCCCAAUCACCGCACCCACCGUAACAUUCAUGUUCACCGGGAUGAAUGUGACACUUCCACCGGACAACCUCCUAAUCCACAGCACCGCCGGUAGCAUCACUUGCUUGGCUAUGGCGGCGGCACCCGACAAUGUGAACUCGGUGUUGAAUGUGAUAGCCAACAUGCAGCAACAGAACCAUAGGAUUCUCUAUGAUGUGCCAAACUCGAGGCUCGGUGUUGCCCGUGAGCCCUGCACCUAAAUUUUUUUUUUGGGUUUUCAAAAGGACUUGUGCUUGGUCUUUAGUUAAUAGCUAUAGUAGUUUGUUUUUGUUUUUGGCAUUAUUUUUGGUACAAUUUGCUUUAUGUCGGUAAUGCGGAUGGUAAAGAGUGAUUUGUGUGGUGGGGUAUGAAUAUGAUCAACUUAGGAAGGGUUUUAUUUUGCCUAACUGUUUUAUAUGAAAAAUCCAACUCUAAAGUCUUUGUAGUGGGGUCCAUGUCACGGGGUUUCUGUAGCUUUUCUGUGGCUAUGUCUUUUUAAAGUUAUUUUGUUUUUCUUUUUUUUUCGAUGAUUGCUCAUGUAGGUCGUACAAUGUCACGGGUUCAUUCGCAAGAACCUUACAAAUAAUUGUCGGUUCAAUAAAUAUAAAUUGUUCUCAUUUCUACA